GACUGCAGCCUUUGGUGGAGUUAACCCGGGGUAGGUACACCCGCCAUAAGGCUGAAAGCUCCAACGAGCAAGUGUGGCUUGCGUCCAGCGGGGUAUCUCCGCCGGCGCCGAGCCCGCUGGCAAUCAACUGAACUUCACGCAUUCGGUUGGCAGGAGCAAUUGCCUCCGGCUUCAACGCAGUUCGCCAAGCAAGCCAUGGAGAUUAUAGAGCACAAAUUUCUGGGCGAUUAUGGGUUUCAUAAUCCUUAAUAUGUUGAUCUCAGUUUAAUUUUAGCAUUUACUGUGUAAACAACAUGGUUUUGCUCGUAGCCGGAGGUGUUCGUGAAGCUUUCCCUGUUCUUUCUGGAGAUGAAGGUACUUCCACUGAUACCGAAACCCUUCCCGUGUUGUGGUGUUGUGGUGUUGCUGGAGGCAGCAAUUCUCCUUGUGCUUUCCUACCGCCCUUUCGACCAUCAUACGAGGCCACAAACUCACUCGUUUUCUCAGCCCCUGUUGUGUUAUACCCUCCACAACUGUUUCUCGGUCAAGCUGAGCACGCAAGCCACAAGACGGGAAGCAUGACUCUCGAUUUGGAUUAUGUGUCUUAUAUAGGCGGCGUGUGCCGUAGUAAGCAAGAUGCAAUAUUUUCUCGCAUGAUGCCUUGUGAUACCUUUGUGGCCGUUGCUUUCGGACAAUAUCAUACGAGAUUGUUGGACUGUUUGUCGGUGUUGGUUCCAGUCCCAUCUGGGCACAUGGCUACCACAACCCUCAAGGUUGAGGGUAUGACAUGCGGCGCCUGUACUUCGGCCGUUGAAUCUGGCUUCAAGGGCGUCGACGGAGUGGGUAGCGUAUCGGUUAGCCUGGUAAUGGAACGCGCCGUGGUUAUGCACGACCCCGACCGGAUAACUGCCGACCAAGUUAAAGAAAUCAUCGAAGACCGAGGGUUCGACGCCGAGGUGCUGGCCACCGACCUCCCGACGCCUAUGAUCGCCAGCCACCCCGAACAAGACCUGAAAGCUUCCGACGAUUCCCCGUUAAUGGUCACCACUGUCGCAAUCGAGGGCAUGACAUGCGGCGCUUGCACAUCAGCGGUCGAAGGCGCAUUCAAGGACGUAUCUGGCGUACGGCACUUUAGCAUUUCCCUACUCUCCGAGAGAGCCGUUAUCGAGCAUGACCCGACACUGUUGAGCGCCGAAGCCAUUUGCGAAGCCAUUGAAGAUCGCGGGUUUGAUGCGACUGUUGUUGAGAGUGUUCACAAGCAACCCGAAAGAGAAUCGGUUUCCGGCGCGGCGACAUCCUCCAAACCGUCAAGCGCGACCACGACGGUAGCAAUCGAGGGCAUGACUUGCGGCGCUUGCACUUCAGCCGUGGAACAAGGAUUCAAGGAUGUGAACGGAGUUCUGAAAUUCAACAUCAGCCUUCUCGCUGAGCGAGCGGUUAUUUUGCACGAUCUAUCACUAUUAUCGGCUGAUAAGAUCGUUGAAAUCAUCGAGGAUCGAGGUUUUGACGCCAAGAUUCUAACAACUACGUUUGAUCAACCUAAUCACUCUAGCGGCACUUCGACAGCACAGUUCAAGAUCUAUGGAAACCUUGACGCCGCCGCAGCUAACAAGCUAGAAGAGGAGGUUCUUACGCUCCCUGGUGUUACUAGCGCCAAACUGGCCAUUGCGACCUCCAGACUGACUGUCACCCAUAUGCCUAAUGUUACUGGACUCCGAGCUAUUGUCGAAACUGUCGAAGGCGCCGGCUUCAAUGCCCUUGUGGCAGACAAUGAUGACAACAAUGCCCAGCUGGAGUCACUCGCCAAGACGCGGGAGAUCAACGAAUGGAAGCAGGCAUUCAGGAUCUCGGCUGCUUUCGCCGUCCCGGUCUUUUUUAUCAGCAUGAUCUUCCCCAUGUUCCUGAAGUUCCUUGACUUUGGGAAAGUCAGACUAAUUCCGGGUUUAUAUCUUGGAGAUGUGGUCUGCUUGGUUCUCACGAUACCGGUUCAAUUUGGCAUCGGAAAGCGCUUCUAUGUUUCGGCUUGGAAGUCAAUAAAACAUAAAUCGCCGACCAUGGAUGUCCUUGUUGUUCUCGGUACCUCAUGCGCUUUCUUUUUCAGCAUUGUCGCGAUGACAGUCUCGAUCGUAUUUCCUCCGCACACCCGGCCGAGCACCAUCUUCGACACAAGUACCAUGCUGAUCACCUUCAUCACCCUCGGCCGUUUCCUCGAAAACCGGGCCAAGGGUCAGACAUCCAAAGCGCUCUCGCGCCUCAUGUCCUUGGCUCCAUCGAUGGCUACCAUCUAUGCGGACCCCAUCGCGGCGCAAAAGGCUGCCGAGGGUUGGGAUCGCAACGCAGACUCCUCCGACUCUCAAGAGCCGCGUGAAGGCAAUGCAGCGGAGGAGAAAGUCAUCCCUACAGAACUUAUCCAGGUUGGCGACAUCGUUCUCCUUCGUCCCGGUGACAAGAUCCCCGCAGAUGGUGUUCUUGUCAGGGGUGAGACAUAUGUCGACGAAAGUAUGGUUACCGGAGAAGCCAUGCCCGUUCAGAAGAAGAAGGGAAGCAUGCUAAUCGGUGGCACGGUCAACGGGGCUGGGCGAGUUGACUUCCGUGUCACUCGUGCAGGCCGGGACACUCAGCUCAGCCAGAUCGUCAAGCUGGUCCAAGACGCUCAGACGACCCGUGCUCCCAUUCAGCGCCUGGCGGACACUAUAGCUGGCUACUUCGUCCCGAUGAUCCUGUUGCUUGGUAUGAUGACAUUCUUUACCUGGAUGAUUCUUAGCCAUGUCUUGUCAACUCCCCCGAAGAUCUUCUUGGAGGACGCAAGUGGUGGCAAGAUCAUGGUGUGCGUCAAACUCUGCAUUUCUGUCAUUGUGUUCGCGUGCCCUUGCGCUCUCGGUCUCGCAACCCCUACCGCCGUCAUGGUCGGUACGGGUGUUGGAGCGGAGAACGGCAUUCUGGUCAAGGGUGGUGCUGCCCUCGAGACCAUUACCAAGAUCACCCAGGUGGUUCUCGACAAGACCGGCACCAUCACGUAUGGCAAGAUGAGCGUCGCCAAAACCAACAUUGUUUCGGUAUGGCAGGACAAUGACUGGCGCCGUCGUCUGUGGUGGACUCUCGUGGGCCUGGCUGAAAUGGGUAGUGAACACCCUGUCGGCAAAGCGGUCCUCAACGCAGCCAAAACAGAGCUUGGUCUCGAUGUGGAAGGAACCAUUGAUGGUACCAUUGGCAACUUCACUGUAGCCGUGGGCCAGGGCAUUACCGCGGAGGUUGAGCCAGCUACUUCCCUGGAGAGGACGCGUUACCGGGUACACGUGGGCAACGUUCGCUUCCUCCGGGACAACAACAUCGAGAUCCCCGAGUCCGCAAUCGAGGCCGCCGAAGAAAUCAACGAAGCCGCCGCAAGCUCUCGCUCCAAGUCCACCCCCUCCAACACCCCAGCCGGCACCACCAACAUCUUCAUCGGCAUCGACGGCAAGUACGCCGGCCACCUCUGUCUUUCCGACACCAUCAAAGACGGCGCCGCCGCCGCCAUCGCCGUCCUCCACCGCAUGGGCGUCAAGACCGCCAUCGUCACCGGCGACCAACGCAGCACCGCACUCGCCGUUGCCUCCGCCGUCGGCAUCGACCCGGAGGACGUCUACGCCGGCGCCUCGCCCGACCAAAAACAAGCCAUCAUCCAACAACUCCAAUCCCACGGCGCUGUCGUCGCCAUGGUCGGCGACGGCAUCAACGACUCUCCGGCCCUGGCCACCGCAGACGUCGGCAUCGCCAUGAGCUCCGGCACAGACGUGGCCAUGGAGGCCGCCGACGUGGUGCUCAUGCGACCUAAUGACCUGAUGGACAUCCCUGCCGCGCUGCACCUCGCCCGCACCAUCUUCCGCCGCAUCAAGAUGAACCUGGCGUGGGCGUGCAUGUAUAACCUGAUCGGCCUGCCGUUCGCCAUGGGCAUCUUUUUGCCGUUUGGGUACCACCUGCAUCCCAUGGGCGCGGGCGCCGCUAUGGCGGCUAGCAGUGUUAGUGUUGUGGUCAGCAGUUUGUUUCUCAAGUUCUGGACGAGACCGAAGUGGAUGGAUAAGGCGCUCUAUGAGUUUGAGAUGGACAAGAAUGGUGGUUUGAUUAAGGGAGGUCUCAGGAAGCGCGGUGCCGGAUGGGGUCUGUUUGGUGGGGUUGUUACCAAGGUCCGGGAUUUCCUGGGAGUCGGUGCGGCGAGGAGGAAUAAUGAUGAUGGAUAUGUCCCGCUUGAUAAUCUUGAUGCGGCUGAGCAUGCUGUGUAAUAAGGGUGUUUCUAGGUCUGGGAGAGAGAGAGAAGAAAGAGGGAGACUUACAUGAAAAAGAAGAGGAUGGAUGUAAGGAACGAGGAUACCUACGUACAUACAUACAUACAGAAACGAAACAAAACAUGGACAGGCAGUAGCAGGUUGGCUGGCAGGCAAGUAGCAGCAAGAGCAUGAUAUCAGGAGUUUUUGGGAGGGUUGCUUUGCACGUCUUUUUUUGUUUUACGACGAGUUUCUUUUUGGGUAUACUACUUAGACUAGCAGGCAGACAGAACAGAGAGCAGUGAAUGAGUUUUGGUCGUUCGCACCUCUAUCAAGUCUUGAACAUCUAGUGAGUAAUUCAUACGUGCUG